CUUAAAGUUAGUGUUACAAAAAAAAAAAAUAUUAACAAAAUUGAAAAUAUAAUUUAAAUUUUAAUUUUUUCUUUUUUAGUUAUUUAACAAAAGUUUUUAGUUAACAAAACAAUAUAAAAAUAAUAUUAAAAAAAAAUUAGAGUCAAAAUGCAAUUAUUUAAAAUUGGUUUAAUAUUUGGACUUGCUAGUAUGGCCACUGCUGGUUAUCAUCAUGGUCAUGCUAGUAGUUAUGCUAGUGUUGUUAAACAUGAAGAUUCACAUCCAAUUCAUCAUGGACAUGAGCAUGGAGGUUAUGCUCAUGGCUAUGGUCAUGGACAUGAUGAAUCACAUGAUUAUUAUGCACAUCCAGCUUAUAAAUUUGAUUAUGGUGUAAAAGAUUCACAUACUGGUGAUAAUAAAAAUCAAUGGGAACAUCGUGAUGGCGAUCAUGUUAAAGGUGCUUAUAUGCUUCAUGAGCCUGAUGGUACAACACGUAUCGUAGAAUAUACUUCUGAUAAACAUGCUGGUUUUAAUGCUGUUGUUAAACGCGUAGGACAUGCUCAUCAUCCACAAAUUUAUGGACAUGAUGAUCAUCAUAGUCAUGGACACGAAUAUGCUCAUGGACAUGGUCAUGCUGAAAGCUAUGCAAAUUCAAAUUUACAUUCUCAUCAUCAUUAAUUUAAGAAUAUCAAAUAUAUGCAUAUCCAUUGAAAAAUUUCAAAAAAAAAAAAAGAAAAGAAAUCUAAUAUUUAUUUAGGAAUUUAAGUUCUUCAUUGUAGAAUAUAUUGAGUACUCAAUAGUUUAUAAUUUACCAAUUUAAUUCAUCACUGCCAAUAUUUGUUUAUGAUUUUAAAAAAUUUCU